GCCGGGGAUCUGGGCGGAGCGGCGGAUCCCGGCGGGGAGGACCGCGGCUGGGCGAGCGGGGCUAGGUGUCCCGGGGCUCGGGCGGGGCCCAGGCGAGAACUCGAGGCCAGGAAAGGCGGAAGGACUCUACGAGCCCCGCAGCCGCGUGCUAAGCAGCUCCCCCGAGGCCUCGAGCCCCCGAGCCCCGGCGCCAUGACCUCGGAGCUGCUGGGGUUUUGCAACUGGAGCACCCUGGGUGUGUGCGCGGCGCUGAAGCUGCCCCAGAUCUCCGCCCUGCUGGCGGCGCGCAGCGCGCGGGGCCUCAGCCUCCCGAGUUUACUGCUGGAGCUGGCGGGGUUCCUGGUGUUUCUCCGGUACCAGUGUUACUACGAGUACCCGCUGCUGACCUACCUGGAGUACCCCAUUCUCAUCGCACAAGAUGUCAUCCUCCUGCUCUGUGUGUUCCAUUUCAGCGGGAACGUGUACCGGGCAGUGCCAUACAUCGCCCUAUUUGUGACGUCUUGGUUCCUCCUCACCCUGCAGAAGUGGGUCAUAGACCUGGCCAUGAAUUUAUGUACUUUCAUCAGUGCGGCCAGUAAGUUUGCUCAGCUCCAGUACCUGUGGAAGACCAGGGACUCGGGUGCCGUGAGCGCUCUCACUUGGAGCCUCGCUUCCUACACCUGUGCGGCAAGAAUAGUAACAACUUUAAUGACUACCAAUGAUCUUACAAUUCUUAUACGUUUUGUGAUCAUGCUGGCUUUAAAUAUCUGGGUAACAGCGACAGUACUUCGCUACCGGAAGACCAUUUUCAAGGGUGAAUGAUGGAUGUACUCUACACGAUGGAUGUACAAUGAUGGAUAGAUGGAUUUCGAAUCACUGAACCAAAGGAAAGAAAAGCUCGUUGUUAAAUCAAGGUCUUUUAUAAAUUUAUCCAAACAUUUCAGAAUUUUGAAGCCAAAGGUAUUUUAGAUUUGAAAGAGCCACUUAAACUUGUUUAAAAAUGAUUUCCCUCUCUCUUCCUCCACCCCCUUCAUUAGGUUAAGUUAGGGCUCAGACAUUGCAGUUUUGAGAAGGCUGGUGAUGGAUGGAAUUUGUCCAAGCCCAUUUUGAGAUCAAUCUCACCCUUCAAGUCAUCAUUAACUUCUCUCCAACAAGCUAACUAGAGAUAACUAGUUUUUUUCAGCUUUCAGAAUCUUUUAAGAAAUAAAUGCUGUCCACGGCACAUGAACAUGGAGGGGAAUUUUGCUCCAAAUUGCAGGAAGAAUUGUAAUAAAUUACUCGGUUCACUUUCUGGGACUGUUUAAUUGUAACACAGAUAUAACAGGAUGGCCUUAUUGUAUCAUAACACAAUUCAACACCUCCUUAGGUUAUACAAGUAUAUCAGAGGAAGAAAAAUGUAACUGGCCUGAGUUCAUAUACCAAAGUAGUCCUUUAGCUUCAUACUGUGCCUUUAAGUAAUUCCUAAUAAAAGGUACUACUGGAUGCCUCUGUAUGACGAGUACUCCCAAUGAAUGUUCUGAUGCAAGCACAAUGCUGCCAUUUUUAUAAGUGCCACAUCCAUACAAUUACCGUUAUUAGAAUUAGGUUCAAAUACAGCUGACCUGGACUGUUUUGUGCAUUGAAAAUAUAUGUAGUAAAGGGUAUUGCGGAGUUCUGCCAAGUUCUUACGGAUUUUAGUCUCAUUAUAAUAUCAUGUUCUAAACAUAAGAUUACCAGACAGUGCACCUUCAGAUAAAAGUUUAUAAACUCCAACAUUUAAAAACUCUCUUCCCCCUUAUAAUUGAAUGGCAUUAUUCUGGCAUAUGCAGUAAGUAAAGGAUGUUUAUUAGAGAAUAUUUUAAUUUCCUAUGUAAAUAAACUUGAAUAUCUUGAACUCUG